CCUCCUCUCCUCCCUCCACCGUCUAUUAUAAGUUUUCCGGCCAUGAUGUCCGCUUUUCAGGCCAUGCUGCCAUCCGACCCCAUCCUUGACAACCCGUUUCUCUCCUUUGGAAACGGGUUUCCCCCUUGGGACUGCCCAGACCUCUUCCCGGCCGUCGAAACUCCACCGAGACCCCUCGAUUCAAGCUCUGGCUCCGAUGGCCCGAACCCUAACCAAGACAACCCUUCGAACUCGAAUUCCUCUCUGACCUCGAGCGACCUAAACCAGGCCUCGCCUGUGGUGGACGAGCGCAAGCAGAGGCGUAUGAUAUCGAACAGGGAGUCGGCGAGGCGGUCCCGCAUGAGAAAACAAAAGCACCUCGAGAACCUGCGGAACCAGGUGAACCGGCUGAGGGUCGAGAACCGGGACCUCACGAACCGGCUGCGUCUGCUGUUGUGCUACGUCCAGCGCCUCCAGAUCGAUAACGACCAGAUGCGGUCGGAGCACGUUAAGCUCCGGCAGAAGCUAUCGGAAAUUUGCCACGUCUUGCUUUUGCAGCCAACUGCACCAGCAGCAUGGCCAUGCAACGACGUGACUGUUAAUGUCGCCCUGGAACAAAUCCCCUCAUUAAUCACGUAAUUUAAGAGCUAUAGUUUAAUAAACUCAUCUAAACUACUCGAGAAGAAGGACUCCCUCCCUCUCCCUCCCUCCUUCCCUCCCUCCCUCCCUCCUCCCUCUCUCUCUCUCUCUCUCUCUCUCUCUCUCUCUCUCUCCCCAGCUGCUAAAGCGGAGAGUAUUUGUGGGUCUUAAGUGAUGAUUAACUCUGGACAAAUUUCGGGUAUUGGUCGAAACCGGAGUCAUUACUUUGUAAGAAAAUUUUAGUGGUGAUUGGUUCAUUGAAUAUUUAGUAAGUGGUUCGAGUUUUUUAUGCU